GUGGUUUUAUCAUUGCCAGGUCGUCUCAGCUGCCCGCAUCUUACUUAGGAAUCCUGGAAAUCAAGCUGCUUAUGAACAUUUUGAGACAAUGAAGAAUCAGUGGAUCGACAAUGUUGAAAAAAUGACAGGGCUGGUGGACGAAGCCAUUGAUACCAAAUCUCUGUUGGAUGCUUCUGAAGAAGCAAUUAAAAAAGACCUGGACAAGUGUAAAGUAGCCAUGGCCAACAUUCAGCCUCAGAUGCUGGUGGCUGGGGCAACCAGCAUUGCUCGUCGGGCCAACCGAAUCUUGCUGGUGGCUAAGAGGGAGGUGGAGAACUCUGAGGAUCCCAAGUUCCGUGAGGCUGUGAAAGCUGCUUCUGAUGAAUUGAGCAAAACCAUUUCUCCAAUGGUGAUGGAUGCAAAGGCUGUGGCUGGAAACAUUUCCGACCCUGGCCUGCAGAAGAGCUUCCUGGACUCUGGAUAUCGGAUCCUCGGAGCUGUGGCUAAGGUCAGAGAAGCCUUCCAACCUCAGGAACCUGACUUCCCGCCUCCUCCACCAGACAUUGAUCAGCUCCGUUUGACGGAUGAGCUUGCUCCUCCCAAACCACCUCUGCCUGAGGGUGAGGUCCCUCCACCCAGGCCUCCACCACCAGAAGAGAAGGAUGAAGAAUUCCCUGAGCAGAAAGCUGGGGAGGUGAUUAACCAGCCAAUGAUGAUGGCUGCCAGGCAGCUCCAUGAUGAAGCUCGCAAAUGGUCCAGCAAGGGCAAUGACAUCAUUGCAGCAGCCAAGCGUAUGGCUUUAUUGAUGGCUGAGAUGUCUCGGCUGGUAAGAGGGGGCAGUGGCACCAAGAGAGCACUGAUUCAGUGUGCCAAGGACAUCGCCAAGGCCUCAGAUGAGGUGACUCGGUUGGCCAAGGAAGUUGCAAAGCAGUGCACAGAUAAGCGGAUUAGAACCAACCUCUUACAGGUAUGUGAGCGGAUCCCAACCAUUAGCACCCAGCUCAAAAUUCUGUCCACAGUAAAGGCCACCAUGCUGGGUCGGACCAACAUCAGCGAUGAGGAGUCUGAGCAGGCCACAGAGAUGCUGGUUCACAACGCCCAGAACCUCAUGCAGUCUGUGAAGGAGACUGUUCGUGAAGCAGAAGCAGCUUCAAUCAAAAUUCGAACAGAUGCUGGAUUUACACUGCGCUGGGUUAGAAAGACUCCCUGGUAUCAAUAGGCACCUGGUUGAAACUAGCUGGCACACAAAUCCCACUAAAUGGAAUGAAAAUGAUCUGAGUUCUAGGAGCCUCCCAGAAUUGCUGGGGGGUCAAAAGCCAUAUCCUGGCUUGACCUAACAGAAAGGAAAGGAGCCUCUUCACAUUAGAAAACAUGUAUACUCAUCAUAGACACUUUGAAAUGUGUCUUGGUAUAAAGCCUGUAUUCUCAAACACAGUUAUACUCAUGCACACUUUGUCCCAACAGGCAGACUGGGUUUCUAGCCUAUGGAGACUUCAUAUAAGCUCAGAAUCCAAGAGUGAACACUAGUCAGACACCCCGCUCUGCACUUGCUCCUAGGGGACAGUUUCUGCUCUGCUUCCUUUUCCCUGCUUCCCAUUCUCUCUUCUAGGCUCCCAAGACCCAGGGCCCAGGCAAGUCAAUUAAGGACAUCACUGUGCCUCCAAAAUUUGUUUUGGGCUUUCCAUGUUGCUGCUGACCUGGCCUGCCCUCCCUGGCUGCUACCUGGGUCCUUUUCAGGAGUGAGCUUUGCUGCUGUAGGGGAAGGUGGCCUCUGGGACUCCCAGCAUAUGGGGCCUGGAUUAACUUCCUGUCCUCUCCCAAUUUAAUUCCAUACUACAAAACCAAAUUUAACUCUAUUAGGAGAAUAGUCACAGAAUCACGUGAUUCUUUCUUUACCAGAGGGAAACUUCGUAUCCCAUAUAUCUCACCUCAGCCUGCCAAGGUAGCCAUCCCAUGAACACACUGUGUCCAGGUGCUCUCUGCCACU